AUGUCGCUCUGCUCUCGGGGUGCAGUGUUCAGAAAUUCGAGAUUGAAUUUGCUGCGCCUAAUCCCAAGGAGAAUUCCUCGAUCACAGUCUCAAGCGCUCUUUUUACAAUCGCGCGCCACGCCACAAUCCAAAGUCCAUGCGGACCUCCGCACGCAAUGCCGAUGCUUCUCAACCACUCGAUUUCAGCAAGAACAGCCCACGGCUGAGCCUCAGUCCGACUCAAUAGCCGAUUCCUUGCCCGUGUGCUGCCCAGGAUGUGGCGCAUUCUCCCAAACAGUUGAAGCAAACGAGCCAGGAUACUAUGGUACAUCACGAAAGCAGAUUCGGAAGCUACUCGCCGCUAGAAAGGACGCAAUUGAAGCCCAAAAUACAGAACAAACCGAGCCCACUGAGAGGGAUGGCUUGAGUGCACAACAGAACGAUGCCAUCGAGGAGGCAGCGCCACCCAAGCCCAUUCAAGACGGAGCUUUUCCGGAUGAAGCUGUCGAUCCCGAGAAUAACUUACCUGGGUCUCUAGGCCGAAUCACCGGAGUCUGCGAUCGUUGCCACGACUUGAUACAUCACAACAAGGCAGUAUCUUCGCCUAAGCCAACCAUUAUGUCUAUAAGAAGCUAUCUCGAAGAAUCGCCCUACAAAUACAACCGUGUUUACCAUAUCAUAGAUGCCGCAGAUUUCCCAAUGUCACUCGUUCCACGCAUUCAUUGGGCUUUAGCGCUGCAGGAGCAACGUUCACGGAACCGACGGUCUACGAAUGAGACAUACCAACGCGGAAGAAAACUCCCCACACUCUCGUUUAUCAUCACGCGCUCGGACCUGCUGGCGGCAACGAAAGAGCAGGUAGACUCGAAGAUGGAGUAUAUUCGCACAGAGCUCCGUGCAGCUUUGGGAAAAUCGGGGAGGGAAGCCCGUUUGGGUAACGUGCACAUGAUUAGCGCGCACCGUGGAUGGUGGACCAGGGAAGUCAAGGAAGAGAUCCGAGAGCACGGUGGUGGCAUUUGGGUCGUUGGCAAGGCAAAUGUCGGAAAGAGCAGCUUCAUUGAAGCUUGUUUCCCCAAGGAUUCCAGGAAUGUGGACAAAAUCGAAGAGUGGCUUCAACGCCGCCGUGGGGAAGAUGAGAUUCAAACCCAGCCAGAUGCUACUCUUCUUGACCCCGACGGCCUUCUACCCCCUGCCCCUCGCGAGGAUCUCUAUCCAGUGCUCCCAGUUGUGUCUUCCCUUCCAGGUACUACUGUCUCGCCUAUCCGUAUUCCAUUCGGCCGCGGAAAGGGCGAGGUCAUCGAUUUGCCUGGUCUAGAGCGUGGUCUAUUGGAGGACUUCGUUCAGGAUGAACAUAAGCGUGAUUUGAUUAUGACGAAGCGGGUCAAACCUGAACGUCUGACCAUUAAACCUGGCCAGUCUCUUCUGCUUGGUGGUGGUCUUGUCCGAAUCACCCCAGUGAACUCUCAAGAUACGGUCUUGUCCGCCAGUUUCCUACCUCUCGAGUCUCAUAUUACCAACACGCAGAAAGCAAUUGAGACACAGGCCGAGAAUAUCCCAUACCGGGGGACUGUCAUUAUGAAGGAAGGAACCGGCAGCACAAUGGCCUCGGCCGGUACAUUCGACUUGAAAUGGGAUACCACCCGCUCAAAUCUUCCUACCUCGCUCGCCAAAGCUGUAAACGAUAGGGGAAUUCCAGUGCCUUCAUUGCCAUACUGCGUGAUGUCAGCAGAUAUCCUCAUCGAAGGCUGCGGCUGGAUCGAGCUCAGUAUACAAAUCCGCAGCAAGCGGGACGCUGAAGACGAACCUUCCUAUCCGCAGGUCGAGGUUUUCACUCCAAACGGGAAGCAUAUUGGUCUCAAAUAUCUCGAUGGGUUUGAUGCACAUACUUGGAAUGUCGUCUUUACAAAAGAUUCCAUCAGCUACCGUUCAAGUGCACCAACAGCUGCAAGAUUACCAGCCGCUGCAGCAGUUCAUCUGAACAAUAUCCUCAAACCACGUACCCCAAUUGAUCCCGAGCAUAUCGUCAUCGCAGACUCUCCCACUUCUCUUGGCAGUAUGCUGGGAUAUAAUCUCGCAGAACGCGGGGACGGGAUCCUCGUCAGCAGACCUAUAUACGGCCGCUUUGAGCUCGACUACGGCGUUGAAGCUGGCGUUACAAUGGUCUACGCCGACACAGCUACAGAAGAGGCAUUCUCUCCUGCUUCCGUGGAGAAGUAUGAGCUAGCCUUCCAGGCUGCCAAGGAACAGGGCAAGCAGAUCCGAGCUGUGCUGCUUGUCAACCCGCAUAACCCUGUUGGUCGUUGUUACCCAGUCGAGACACUCAAGGCUAUCGCCCGAUUCUGCAACAAACACAAUCUCCACCUCAUCAGUGAUGAAGUCUACGCUUCCUGUGUGUUUGAUUCGGGUGACCCUCAGGCAGUGCCGUUUACGUCAAUUCUAUCACUGGAUUUUACGGGGUUGAUAGAUCCCAAUCUGGUCCAUGUGUUAUAUGGCUUCAGCAAGGACUUUGCUUCCGGGGGCCUUCACCUUGGGUUCUUGUUGACCCAAAAUCAGCAGCUUCGUCAAGCUUGCAAAGCGAUCCUGAGAUUGCAUGGCGCUUCACAGGCAGCGGUGACAAUUGGCACCGCGAUUCUAGAAGACCAAGCUUUUGUGUCGAGCUUCAUAGCAAAGGCAAGACAGAAUCUGGCGUCAGCCUAUCGGCUUACAACUUCGGUGCUCAACAAGGAGGGAAUCAACUAUGUCAAGGGCGGAAACGCCGGCUUCUUUGUAUACAUCGACUUGUCACCUUAUCUUCCUGCUGACGGUGCUCUUUCUCCACGACAACGGGAAUUUGCUCUUGCGCAGAGGCUUGUGGAUGCCGGUGUCUUUUUACAUCCCGGGGAAGAACAUUCUCAGGAUGCUGGGUGGUUUCGGUUGGUUUUCUCACAGGAGGAAGAGAUAAUUAAAGAAGGUCUUAACAGAUUGUUGGGUGUAUUGAAGAGCGCAUGA